GCUCCUCAUUCCGUUAACAAUGGCACUACCGGGAUUACUAAAACCGGUGCACUUAAGCGUACGGCUGGAGCUACCGGAGCAGUCGGAAUGCCCAAUCGAUCGCGUCGGACAAAAACGCGAAAGGCCUCCAUGGUAAUAGCACAUUCGGUGGAGGUAAAAUCUGUCAAGGAUAAACAAAUGCCUCCACCGUUACCACCUACUCCUAUCCCGUACAGAAGCGGUCGAACUUGUACUCGGUCACGCAGACUGUCCAUUAAAUCGCUUUGCAAUAUCACUUCGAUAGUUGCAAGCAACAUUUCGACAAACUCGGGUCCAAUUGCGAGUUGUACUCGUGCAGCCUUGGCCGCCCAAUUGAGCUUAACACGUGCAUACAAUCUCGUCGUCUGUGCGACACCGCCUCGACGCCGUACACGAGUUCGCCGUGUGGCUUCAGUUUCUAUUCGGGUCGCACGUGGGAACAAACCCGGGGCACCGGUUUAUUCUCGCGGAGAACCACAACUGAACACGUCUAAACCCACAUACUCUCGAUGGGAACAGGUUGAUAAUGUUCAGGAAAUGUCGUUUUACGAGUCGAAGAAUGCGGAUGAAAAAGACGACCAUCCAAGCACAGUCGUCCUCUGUCGAGCUGAUGAUAAAUUUGUACUCGAACAGGAUAUGUGCGUAGCUUGUGGUUCUUUCGGGCUGGACAUGAUGUUACUCGCCUGUGCUCAAUGCGGUCAGUGUUACCAUCCUUUCUGUGCUGACGUGCCCAAGAUCACGCGAACCAUGAUAGAACGGGGUUGGCGUUGUCUGGAUUGCACCGUGUGCGAAGGUUGCGGACGCACGACAAACGAAGGCCUGUUACUCUUGUGUGAUGAUUGCGAUAUAAGCUAUCACACCUACUGUCUGGACCCACCUCUACAAGAGGUACCCAAGGGGGGCUGGAAGUGUUCGGAGUGCGUUGUGUGCAAUAAUUGCGGUCAACGAGAUCCUGGACUGCAUGGAAAAUGGCAUGCAAACUACUCCCUUUGCUCUCCAUGUGCAUCAUUGGCCACUUGUCCUGUAUGUACACUGGCCUAUCGUGAAGGUGAGCUGCUGAUCCGAUGCGCUCUUUGCGCACGCUGGUCGCAUGCAGGCUGUGAUCAGUUGCGUACGGAAGAAGAGCUCGAACUGGCUUCUGAUAUGGGCUAUAACUGCUUGCUCUGUCGCGAAGCUGGUGCGAGUAUGGGAGCAGGCCAUAUACAGAUUCCGUUGACAUGUGCACGCUUUCGAAAUCCUCAGAUCCUAACUUGUCAUCUGCUCAUGACUGUACGUAAUCACACGGACCUGUUGAGCAUGCAUGUCUCUUUUGCCGAAUUCCCAUGUAACUUCGCGAUCUUCCUGAAGCCGCCUUAUCCUUUUCCAGCAUCCGAGUGUAGCUGA